UCGCCGCCCCCUUUGCUCAGGAAACCAUUUGCUCGCCGGGCGACGCAAACCCGGAGACAGAGGGCGACGACGGCGGAUAUCCUCAUCGACUCCGGCGACCUCACGACGUCCAGCAGUACCAGAAAUCCAGAACCGGCGCCGCCACUGACCAAGUCGAAGGAUCCAGCGACCACCGCUGAUGGCGUCGUGGUGCGAGAACAUGGCCCUGCCGCCCCGCGUCCUUAUUGGCCCCCGUCCUUCUGGUGCCAAUGGUCAAGGGAAUAUUUUGUCACUUCGUCAUCCGAAACUAGAAGAAGAAACACAGUAUCUAUUCAUCGACGGCCAACUUCAUGAAUUCAAUUGGUUUAAGGAGCGUUACGGCUCAUGGUUCUUGGGAGAUUAUGUCUGUAAAGAUGGUAGUGUCUACUAUUGCACACUUGUUGAUCCCAUCUUUGUUUUGCUACCACUUUUUGAAGCUGCACGUUUGUCGAGCGGUAAGGAUCUGGGAAAAUUUAGGCAACUGGAUGAAAUUUUAUACAUCGAAGGUUGUCCUGGAUAUCAGCACCUCAUGAGCAUAGCAGGAAACCAUAUGGAACUGGUUUGUGAAGUUAAAGAAGUUGCUAACAUGAAGUUCUUCAGGCUAGAUGAGUCCAAGGUCUUCACUUGGCUGUGCUCUAAGCUAUUUACUUCGCUAGAUUUGGUGGAGUUCGACAAAGGAAGAAGGAGUUGACGACGUCUAUGCGAGUUAGGGACGUCUUUCCAGUCAGUUGUCUGUAGAUAUGGCAUGACUUGGGCCAUGCGAACACUUUCGUCUGAAGUAUUUCCGUUGUGUGAUUGUUGAUCUUCU